UGCUGUUGCUUGUUCUCGGACCUCUCGCUGUCAAAAGUACAACACAGUGUUAUUUCGGAGAGAGAUUCAUGCCGUCCCUUCUUCCAUUCAGGAAGCAUCCACAAUGACUUCUACAGCGUCACCUGACAAUUAUUUUUCUGACAUGUACCACUCUCCUCCAAGGCCUUUGCCCUAUGACGUAGAGCCAAGGCGUUUGUGCAUGCAGAGGGAUGGACUGGUUCCAAGGCAUGAGAAGGGUUCAAGUCAUGCCAAUGAGGAAUCAGAACCUCUUAGGAGUGACAAGAAUGGGGAAUCGGAUAAUAUUUGCUCAGAAGGCAAAUGGACUAACUAUGCACAUGAAAAAGGUUUUAAAGAGCAACCAUAUAAGACCUCACUUAAACUAUCCUUGGCAAAAGCGAAUGCUGAUAUUGGGCAUAUUUAUACGACAUCAGAAGAGGAAGAUGUUUGUCCGACGUGUCUUGAAGAAUAUACGCCUGAGAAUCCAAGAAUAAUGACAAAAUGCUCUCACCAUUUCCAUCUUGGUUGCAUAUAUGAGUGGAAGGAGAGAAGUGACAUCUGCCCUGUAUGUGGCAAGGUGAUGGUGUUCGAUGAGACUUGAUCUUAGGUGAAUGCUCAUGUUGACGAUACUGUCAGCACUGGGAAGAGAAAAAGAAUCCUGUUAAUAUACUUGAUGAAAUGUAAAGAAGUCUCUGUGCAUAUUCCAAUUUCUCAGACUCUCUCUCCAAAGACCCAUUAUACAUUCCUUCUAAAUUAUCUUUUACUUUGUUUAGACUUGGUUAUGCUGCUUGAAACUGCAAUUGUAAAUACGAGCAAUAUCUCAAGUGCAUAUUGGUAAAUGUAAUUGUCUGGUCGUUGCCUUUC